CAGCGUGUCACAUGUCAACCGUCUGCUGCCGUUGCCGCCAAUCGCUGCGAUAGCGCUGCGCCCGGUCACCAAAUUCCUCGCCAUGAUAUUGGGGAUCCGCAUACGCCGUUGGUGGUCGAAAUUGAGCGACAAGGAGAAGCGACGGUUCUGGCGAAACGUGCGCAGGCGCCGGAGGCAGAUAACGGCGGCUGCGGCCGGUCUGGCGGGUCUGUUUGCCGCUUACUGCGCGGCGCACAUGGAACUUGACCCGAUCACCGGGCAACGGCGGCUGAUCGUGUUCACGCAGGCGCAAAUGGUCGAGCUGGCCAACGCGAUCGCGCGCGAGCUGCUGGACGAGAACCGGCACGCGGUGUACAACCGCUCGCAUCCAUACUACAGGCGGGCCGCGUCCAUCGCCUCGCGCGUGGUGGACGCGAAUAAGCCGUACGACCGCGUGCCGGAUCGCGAAUGGUCGCUGGUGGUGGUCAACGACCCGCGCAUCAACGCCAUGGUGCUGCCCAACGGCAUGAUGAUCGUGUUCUCCGGGCUGCUGGCCACGGCCAACGACCAGCAGGUGGCCGUGGUGCUGUCGCAUGAGAUCGCGCACUGCCUGCUCGACCAUCAUGCGGUCCGGCUGAGCCGCGAGCACGUGCUCGAGAUGCUGUGGCUGAUACCGCUGACCGCGAUGUGGGCGAUGCUGCCUGUGCCCGAGGCCAUACUCGGCUACUUGUUCGGCCAUUACUUCAAGAGCGUGGUCAUGCUGUUGCCGUACGAGCGGGACCAGGAGACCGAAGCCGACAAGUACGGUCUCAUGUUGGCGGCAAACGCGUGCGUGGACGUGCGCCAGGCGCCGUUGUUCUGGAAGAAGAUGGAGAAGUUCGAUCCGGGCAACGAGCACAGCGUGCGGUGGCUGUCCACGCACCCGCCGCACAGCGAACGCGUGCAGUACAUCGAGAGCCUACUGCCGCACGCGUUGCAGCUAAGACAGCAAAACGGAUGUCCGCCCUUGGACCCCGGUUACUGGUCGAGGUUCUCGUUCUUUUGACCGCGCACGCGCAGUUGUCGCUAUCAUCAUCAAAGCUGUCCCCCCGUAGUUAGCUGGUUGAUUGCGAUCCGCGGUCUGACAAAAAUUUAUGUUUGCAUAGAAACAAGUUGUUUCAAACAACGGCCAUCGUGUGAAUCUUUUAUCGAAUAAAUAUGUCGAAUAUAUAUAUCGAAUAAAUAUGCUUACAUAUUUCACA